ACUAUUUUAGAAACUCUUGAUGCAGAUAUAAUAUGCUUUCAAGAAACAAAAAUAACUUUGGAUCGUCUGGAGGCAUCAAUGGCAAUCAUUCCCGGAUAUGACGCGUAUUUUUCAUUUGCCAAAGGAAAGGCUGCAUAUUCUGGGGUUGUCACUUAUGUAAAAACAAGUUCAAUCACUCCCGUAGCUGCUGAAGAAGGCAUUACGGGCAUUCUUAAUCAAUCGCCCGCGGAUAUAAAGUACAAUAAUCAGUCUCUAUCUGACACCAGAAUGCGCUCUGGAAUAAGUGGUCUUACUACCAACGAGCUUUUGGACCUUGAUUCCGAAGGUCGAUGUGUUAUUUUGGACUUCCAAAUGUUUAUUUUGUUUAAUUUAUACUGUCCUCAUGAAUCUAGUUCCGAACGCCUUCCUUUCAAAAUGAAUUUUUACAAAAUUCUGCAAGCUCGUGUAGAGGCUUUAUUGCGAGCUGGUAGGCAGGUAAUUAUAUUAGGCGAUAUGAACGUAACGCAUAAAGAGAUUGAUCAUUGCGAUCCACAACGAUCAGUAAGAGAGUAUGAGCUAGAAUCAUUUGGUGAUCAUCCCGCUAGAAAAUGGUUUGAUGAGUUUGUUGCACCGAAUGGCCCUAUGGUAGAUUUAUUUCGCAAAUUUCACCCUGAUGAGAAAGGAAUGUACACAUGCUGGAAUACUUUGAUUAAUGCGAGACCGGCGAACUAUGGAACGCGUUUAGAUUACAUACUUGUCAGCCAAGAUUUAGUAAAAUGGUUCAAAUCUUGUUCUGUUGAGCAAAAAGUUAUGGGGUCAGAUCAUUGUCCUGUUGUUGGAGAAUUACAUGAUGAAAUUGAAGAAGAUGGGCAUAAAUAUAUUCUUAAAAACGAAAUCAAUUUAUCGAUGAAUAUAAGUGAUGAAAAACCUGAAGCGCUGCGACUUUGUGCUAAAUAUAUGCAAAAAUUUAAUGGAAGUCAACAAACGCUAAAAAGCUUUUUUAACAAACCAAAUACGAAAGACGAUAAUUCUCAAACAGGAAAUGGAUCCGAUACUAUAAAGGCAUCGUAUGAUAACUUAUCGAAAUCAAAAAAUGCAGACUUUAAUAUUGGUAAUUUUGGGAAACAAGCCGCGAAGCAGAAAUUGACGACAUCUAAGUCUGUGAAAUUUAAAAGUCGUAAACGAAAGCAAAAGUCUGUGAUAUCGUCAAAUCAACCAUCUUUGUUAUCUUACUUUAAACAAUCUACACAAACUGAAUCAUCAGAGGAUAGCUUGAAAUAUGAUUGA